CCCUCGUGCGUGAGGGUUGUUUAUAGGUAACCCUUGAAAGACGAUCAGUGUUUUUAGCAGCUCCCGCAACAAAGGGAGCCCUUUCGAAGGCACCAUUCUUACAAUACACUACGGACGACCCACUCAUGGCCGCCCACCUGUCGCAAUCGUACCUCGUAGCGGAGGCCCUCUCGGCAACCGGCUUGAAAAACCGCGCCGUGCUCUUCGCCAUGGAUCCGUACGUGAAGCUCACCGCGCUGCCGUCGAAACGCAGCGCCCGCUGCCGGAAGCACGCCGGCGGCGGACGCAACCCGCGCUGGGGCGGCGAGCGGGGCCGCCUGCAGCUCGCGCUCGCGGCGGCGGACGACCGCAUCCUCGUGGAAGUGUGGAACCAGAACGUGAUGACGCCUUCCGACAGGGUCGGCCGGUGCGAGCUCUCCGUGGCGGCGAUCACGGCCGAUCCGCAGCCGUUCCAGCUGCCGCUCGACACGGGCGGCGAGGUCGCGAUCCGCGCGCGCGUCGCCGACAGCGCGCCCGCGGUGCCGCGGUCGGGUGGCCACACGCUCGGCGGCGCCGCCGCCAACGCGGACCGGCGCGCGGCGGCGGCGGCGGCGGCCGAGCGCCGCGCGAACGACUGGCGCCAGGGCGGCGGCGGCGGCCAGAAGCAGAACGCCAGAAUCGCCGAGCGGCGCGAGAAGGACAUCCUCGUGGGGAAAAUCACGGAGUUGUACGCGGCGAAGGGCGACGACCCGCCCUUCGGCCUCGCGUCGUCCGACCUCGCGACGCUGCGGCGACACCUCGAGCGGAUGCGAGAUAGGAAGUAA